AUGGCGUCUUCUCUCUUCUUCUUCUUCUUCCUCCUCACUUCACAUUCAUUACACUUUCUUCCUCUCUCAGUACUCUCAGCAACCGUAGUCGAAGAUCUCGCUAACCUCACUCCACCUCCUGACUUCAGCAACACCAUCACAGCAAACUGUCUCCGUGAUCCACUUCUCCGUUACUGCAACAACACUUCUUCUUCUCCGAUGGACAUCAUCGAGAUAUUCCGCUCCACGAUCGUCGCAAGCCAUCUCUGCAACGAGUCCAAAAACCCUAACUGCGUCGAAUCUUUCCCCGUAAUCAGAAUCCACAGCCGCCCCAAAACCGCCGCGCUCUAUCUCUCUUUCGACUUCUUCUGGAAGUACUGUCCUUUAACCGUCGUCGAGAUCGAGAUUGUCAACAACUCUCUCAACACUGGCUUUCCGAUGAAUGUUCUGUCUUGUGCUCAGGUUCGCACUCUUGAUCUGAGUUUCAACCAGUUCUCUGGUUUCGUUCCGGUUCAAAACCUCUCCGGUUUGCCCAAUUUGACCCGUUUGAAUCUCUCCUACAACCGGUUCUCGGAGGAACAUAUCUCGGAUUCCGACUUCUUCAAACGGUUUAACGCCUCGAGUUUCAUACAGUCCGGUGUUCUUCCCAAUGCCAAGCGUUACAAGAUGAAAGUUUUGGUCUUGUUGAUUCUGUUUCCGAUAAUGGUGAUUUUGCUCUGUUUUUGCUUGGGAUGGUUGUGUCUCAAAAGACCUGAUUACUUGCCAAGAACUUGUCGGAGAAGCCACAAGUUCACAUCCGCGAUUCUCGAGGCAGCCACCGACGAGUUUUCAGAUCAGAAGCUUGUGAGCAAGAGCAAUGGAGUCGAUAUCUUCAGAGGCACGUUAAAGGACGGGACAGAGGCAAAGAUCGAGGUUUACACGGAGAAGGUUUCAAAAGAGAAGAGGACUGCGUUCGCUGAGGAAUGCGAGGCGGUUUUUAAGCUGAGACACAAGAAUCUGGUGAGAGUUUUGGGUUGGUGUAAUAGCAGAAACAUGAGAGCUUUGGUUACGGAGUGGACUAAUGGAGAAAAUGUUGAGAAUUGGCUAAAUUCUUCAUCGGCUUCUUCGUGGAGAAGAAGAUUAAGAGUGGUUAUGGGAGUUGUUGAAGGUAUUUUCUAUCUUUCGGAGGAAUGGCCUGAGAUUACAUUUGAUCUCAGCACAAGCAGUGUUUUGUUGUCUGAUGGUGAUCAAGAACCGUUGAUUUCUCAAUUCAGGAUUGGAGAUGGAAACAAUUCAUCAACAAAUAUAUUCAACUUUGGAAUGUUUCUUUUGGAGAUGAUUACAAAUCUAAGGCAUGAUGAGGAACAAGAAGAUUCGGAGAGGAGGUAUCUUGAGUAUAUAAGAGUUCAUUAUCCGGAUAAUCUUGGGAGAGUGAUUGAUGAGAAGAUGAAGAUUGAGGACAGAACGGUGGAGAAAGUCAAGCAAGCGAUCACACUUGGACUUACGUGUACUGAUAAGCCACCAUUGAAGCAGCCAAGCUUGACGCAGAUUUAUGACAUGGUUACUUCUUUGUAUGAGUCUAGCUCAAGGCAUCACUAA